CUGGCAGGAAACUAACAACCCACUCCCUCUCCCUCUCCCCCCUGUGUCUCGCUGCUUGAGAUCUUGACUGAUCUUGAGGGACCCGUCAAUUGCCCUCGUGGCAUUUACUUUAGACCUUCUUUUGUCACUUUAUUCCGUCCACGUUCGCACAAGUUGCGAGGUAAAUCCCGACUGCUAUACUUCGCAGUUUUGGCCGUGGGCUAUCGCAAACCGCUUAGCAAACCAACAGACCACAUACGUACCAUACAUACUCUCACACACCCACUUCCGGCUGUCAGAACAAUCACGACCACCAGAAAGACACAUGCGACACACCGUUCCUAACAAAGACUGAAACGACGAAGGAAGAAGCAUCCACCAUCAAUCAUGCUCCCCACAAUGCGCACCCUCUUCGUCCUGGUGGCCCUCACCCUCUGUCUGGUGCAACUCGCCCUCGCAGCCGACGACUACUACAAGACUCUGGGGCUGGACAAAUCCGCCUCGGAGAAGGACAUCAAACGCGCCUACCGGACCUUAAGCAAGAAGUUCCAUCCGGAUAAGAACCCAGGCGACGACACCGCGCGCGAGAAAUUCGUGCUCAUCGCCGAAGCCUACGACAUCCUAUCGACGCCGACCACGCGCAAGAUCUACGACCAAUACGGGCACGACGGGAUCGAGCAGCACCGACAAGGCGGGAGCGCCGGGGGCGGUCGGCGCGGGGGCAACGACCCCUUCGACCUGUUCUCGCGGUUCUUCGGGGGCGGGGGCCAUUUCGGGCACGCGCCGGGCCACCGCCGGGGGCCGGACAUGGAGCUGAAGGUCGGGUUGCCGCUGCGCGAUUUCUACAACGGGCGGGAGGUGUCGUUCGGGGUGGAGAAGCAGCAGAUCUGCGACGCAUGCGAGGGGACCGGGUCGGCGGAUCGCGAGGUGGUGACGUGCGACAAGUGCGCGGGCCGCGGGGUGGUGAUCCAGAAGCAUCAGCUGGCCCCCGGCAUGUUUCAGCAGGUGCAGAUGCAUUGUGACAAGUGUGGGGGCCAGGGGAAGAUGGUGAAGCGGCCGUGUCCCGUGUGUCAGGGCCAGCGGGUCGUGAGGAAGGAGGUGGAGACGUUUGCGACGAUCGAGCCGGGGAUGGGCAAGGGGACGCGGAUUGUGUUUGAGAAUGAGGCGGAUGAGAGUCCGGAUUGGAUUGCGGGCGAUUUGGUGCUGAUUCUCGAGGAGCGCGAGCCCGAGCUGGUGGCGGAGGGCACCGAUGGCACCUUCUUCCGCCGGAAGGGCAGGGAUCUGUUCUGGAAGGAGGCGCUGUCGCUGCGCGAGGCCUGGAUGGGCGAGUGGACCCGGAAUAUCACCCAUUUGGAUGGCCAUGUUGUGCAGGUGGGCCGGACACGGGGCCAGGUCGUGCAGCCCCUGGCUGUGGAGACCGUCAAGAGCGAGGGCAUGCCCUUCUACUCCGAGGGCCAUCUGCAUGAGUCCGACGACGAGGACGAGAGCCCCGGCGAUUUGUAUAUUGAGUACACCGUCAUCCUGCCGGAUGAGAUGGAGAGCGGCAUGGAGAAGGACUUCUUUGCCCUGUGGGAGAAGUGGCGCAAGAAGAACGGCGUCGCGCUCGAUCAGGACAGCGGUCGUCCCGUGUCUCAGCCUCGUGCUGUGAAGGAUGAGUUAUAAUAUAUUUCGGUCCAAGAUGAUUUGUGCAAAGUUGCUCGCAUGGAUGAAGUUACCAACCACAUGCUCUACUCUUCAUUCGGGCGGUGCGCUAGAUAGACAAUCCAAUAGAACAUAUCCCG